ACUUCAUUACUGCCAACAUGUGUUUGUUGGUAGCGUGACAGAGUAGUAGUUGAAAUAUUCAAAUAUGAGUUUAUUGCCGUUUUUCAUUACAUGACAAAUAAGUUAAUCUGAUUCUUGGUGAUCCCUAUAUUAAUAGUUGCGUGUUGUUAAACAUGGAGACUUAGCUAAUACUCUACGUCGACGUUGUGUUUAUUUGGCUGCUUGGAUGGCAGCAUAAUUCUCACGUUGCGACUUUGUCCACCAAUAACACUAAAGUUUCAUACCUAUAUGAUUGUUGUUUGUGAUUGUGUUUGUUAGUGGUUUUCGUAUCCCUAUAAUUUAUAUUGAUACUUUUCUGGAUGGCACAAGACUUCAUUUCAAUGAAUGAGAGAAUUAAUCGAAGAAGUGGGCACAUAGCUGUAGUAUAUGGAGACUGGAUGAUUGUUUGGGGCGGUUAUGUGGACCAUGAACAGCAAACUUCCACAUCACAGAUUCACACCCACUACCAUCACACAGAUGAGUUAUGGAUAUAUAAUUGUUUGACAGAAGUUUGGGAAAGGAUUCUAACAAAAGGAGACAUUCCACACAGAAAUUCAGGAUCAUGUGGUCUGUUGCAUGAAGACUUUCUCUAUAUAUUUGGAGGAUUUCACGGGAUGGAUAAUGCGGGAUCGGUGAAUGGCAACAGUAACUACCUUUUUAGACUAGACCUCACGACCAUGACAUGGGAGUGGCUGCACCCGACCGGUAACCAGCCGGCUCCUUGCGACAAACUUGCUGGAUGGGUGUAUGACGAUAAGUUGUACUUUUUUGGUGGUUUCGGCCCACAACCAGAAUUUGGUGUCCCAUUUCAGCAUGUAAUUGAUCCUAGUACGGAGCCAUCGGGUUGGCCCCGAGGCUGGAACAAUCAGCUAGUAGUGUACAACCCUGUCAAUAACAGCUGGGAAUGGCCGAAAGUGCAAGGACCCACCCCUUCGCCUCGUGCAGCCCACGCAGCUGACAUCUCGGGGCACAAGGUUUAUGUGUUUGGUGGUCGCAUUGGCAACACACGGAACAACGAUCUGCACUGUCUCGACAUGGACAGUAUGAUGUGGAGUGGCAAUUUGACGCAUCCGUUCGAGCUGAAUCCCGAAGGCAGGUCGUGGCACAGUCUUACAUUUAUAACAGACACGCGAGCCAUUGUGUAUGGAGGUCUCAAUCAGUACAAUAUUGUUCUUAGUGAUUGCUGGCUCCUGGAUGUAGCGUCCAAGACUCGCUGGUAUAGAUUCCCGUAUCAACGCUCGAAGCCUCGGCUGUGGCACAAAGCACAGUAUGUUCCUACGUGUGGGGAGCUCCUAAUUGUCGGUGGACACAGAGCGAACAUCCUUGACCACACUGAAUGCAUAAUGACUGCUGGUUGCUCACUUUGCACAGUGAGGGCAUGGACCACGAAUGGCAGGAAUUUGAGUUGUCGUACGACCACGGUGAGCCACGCUGCAGCCACACUGCAUGUUUGUUCCCAGCAACGGGCGAACUUCUCAUUCACUCGGGUUCCACCCAACCGUUUUAUGAGACGAGGCUGAAACUCAAAGUAAAUACACUUUGUAUGUGUUAAUUUCUCGGACAG